AUGUCCAAGCCUACUAUCGUAUUUGCCCCGGGCGCCUGGCACACACUAGACUGCUACGACACUACCCGCGACCAAUUGCACCAGCGCGGAUGGGAAACGGAGGCUGUGGCGUAUCCUUCCGUAGGAGCAGAGCCUCCUAAUAAAGGCCUUGCUGAUGACGCUAUGGCGUUGCGCUCUACCCUAGAAAGACUUGCUGAUGAGUGCAAAGAGAUCGUUCUAGUUGUGCACUCAUAUGGGGGUUUAGUUGGACAAAAUGCCCUUCGGGGUUUGGGUCACAAGCAGCGAAAGGCAGCGGGUAAGAGAGGCGGUGUUGUUAUGUUUGUUUACCUCGCUGCUUUCGUUGCCCCAAAGGGGGCGACUAUUAAGGCUAUGCUUGGUGGCCGAUUCUUACCCUGGAUGCAAUUCGAUGGCGAUUACUGUUACGCCGCUACGCCUGAGAUAGUCUUCUACCAUGAUCUAGAUGACGAAGCACAGAAGGCUGCUAUCUCAAAACUAAAGCACCAAUCAGCGCGCAUUUUCACCGACGAAGUCACUUAUGAGCCGUGGCAUGAGAUCCCGUCAAUGUAUCUCUUCUGUGAGGCCGAUAAAGCGCUUCCACUACCUAUCCAGCAACAGAUGGCACAGAUGUUGGGUGCAGAUGCGCCGACCUUCACAUCAACCGGGUCGCAUUCGCCUUUUCUCAGCCAGCCCCAGGAGGUUGUUGAAGGCGUAGAGUAUGCGGUCAAGCUUGGUCAAAACAAGAAGUAG